GAAAUAGAUUCGUUACCCCUCAGUAGUAAACAAUAACAGGAGGACAGAUUUUACACCUCUCUCUAAAUUUUUAUUUGAAAAGGAACUUCCAGAGCGCAGGACUUAAGCCGUCACCAUGACUACAGCUGCACGCCCAACCUUCGAGCCUGCGAAAGGUGGCAUGGGGCGUGGGGAAAGGGACUUGAGUGCUCUGUCGAAGCAGUAUUCAGCCAGAGAUCUGCCAUCACAUACGAGACUCAAGUAUCGUGAUCAUGGCCAGUCCACCACUGAUGAGCUCCGCAGCCGUGACUUCCGCCGUGAGUUGGAGGACCGUGAACGUGCCGCCAGGGACAAGCGCACCAGCAGCAGCAGUGGAAGCAGCAGCAGCAGCAGCAGUAAUCAGAGGGACUCAGGUGCUCCAUCAUCCUCAUCAUCUUCCUCAUCUUCCUCCUCGUCCUCCAAGAAACCCAGGCUAGACCAGAUUGCACCUGCCAAUCUGGAUGCUGAUGACCCCCAAGAUGAUGAUGACGAGGCAUCUGACUCUGACGACUCUGAUGAUGAGGCUGUGCUGUUUGCUGAGCUGGAGCGCAUCAGACGAGAGCGUGCUGAGGAAGAGGCCAAGAAGCAACGAGAACGCCAGGAGCAGGAGGAGCGCAUCCGCAUGGAAAACAUCAUCUCAGGAAAUCCUCUACUCAAUCUUGCCGCAGCGCCCAAGUCUGAUAUGAAAGUCAAGCGCAGGUGGGACGAUGAUGUUGUAUUCAAGAACUGUGCUGCAUCAGAGCCAGAUAAAAGUGAGAAGACCUUCAUUAACGACUCUCUGCGUUCUGAAUUCCACAAAAGAUUUAUGGAAAAGUAUGUUAAGUAAUCUUCCCUCCCUCCUACCUACCUCCUUCCCUCUCCAACCUUAAAAUGAAAUCUGUGUUUGUAUGUUUAGAGUAGCUCAACAUAACUCUGCCUAUUCCUUUUUAAUUUUAAUAGUUUCAUAACACCUUACCUCUUUUGUCAUUUUGUACUAUUAAGGUGAAUAAAAAAUGUUUUUUAUCUAGUAUUAAGAAAUAGAAAGAUUCUAACAUUUUUUGAAGUAGUAAGAAUGUGCAAAUGGAUAAAUGUAAAUUCUGUGCUUGAAGAUUACCCAUUAGAAUAAAAUUUACUGAUACCAUAACUUUAGGACUUGUUGAUUCACAAACAAUUGGUUCUGAAGAAAAAGACAAGAAAGUUUGAUGGUAGUUUAUAAACCUCAUUGUUGUAUUAGUGUGAAAGCUGAAUGGGUGAAUUCCAGUGUACAUUUCUAUUGCAGUACUGAUGAAUAAUCAAUGAAAAGUGUCUACAUUAUCAGAAACAAAAUGUACAAAAAUACUUUCAAUAUAUUUCAAUAAAAAUUAUAUACUGUGGGAUUAUUUGUCUGCGGCUUAGAAGAUAAAGCUACUUGUGCCC